GGCGUCUAGAGGCGGGGGACUGCGGUCGGCGGGUGUAAGCUAUGGCGGAGCCGGUGAGGAAACGGGGCCGCCGGCCUCGGGGUGGCGGUGUCGGCCGAGGGGCUCGCGGGGCCCGGGGCGGCCGGGGCCGGCGUCCUCGCGUCCCACGGUCUCCAGCCCAGCACACCCUGGACUCGGAGUUUGUGGACUUGGUCAGCGACAGCGAUGAGGAUAUCCUGGAGGUCGCAACGGCGCGCGGCGCUGCGGACUCGGUCGAGGACCCUCUCCCGGAGCCCCCAGUGCCGGCCGCCCCCCGGGACGACAGCGACAGUGACAGCGAAGGAGCGGACGCACCGCCCGCCGGAGCCCCGCGGGCCCCGGUCAGGCGGCGGCGGCGGCUGCUGCUGGAUCCGGGGGAGGCACCGGUUGUUCCGGUGUACUCCGGAAAGGUGAAAAGCAGCCUUCAUCUCAUCCCAGAUCACCAGUCUCUCCUGAAACUCUGUCCCCCAGAGGCUGAGGAAGAGACAGAGAUGGCAGAUUCUAGCAGUCCCCAUGCUGAGGAUGCCCCGUUUCCAGAUUCUCCCUGGAAGAAGAAGCUGAGGAGUAAGGAUGCAGAAGAGAAGACAAAGGAGGUGUUUCUGGUUCAAGAUGCCUCUCCUUUGCCUUCACCUUUGUCAAGGACCAAAAGCAGAAAGCAUACUCGGGCCCUCCAGAAGUUAAGGGAGGUGAGCAGGCGCCUCCAAGAUCUCCGUUCCUGCCUGAGUCCCAAGCAGCGCCAGAGCCGAGAGGACGAGGUGGUCCUGGUGGAGGGCCCCACCCUUCCAGAGAGCCCCCGACUCUUCCCGCUGAAAAUCCGGUGCCGGGCUGAUGUGGUCAGACUGCCUGUCAGAGUGUCGGAGCCCCUACAGCGUGUGGUGGACCACAUGGCCACCCAUCUUGGGGUGUCCCCAAGCAGGAUCCUGUUGCUCUUCGGAGAGACAGAGCUGUCCCCUACCGCCACUCCCAGGACCCUAAAGCUCGGAGUGGCCGACAUCAUCGACUGCGUGGUGCUAGCAAGUUCGCCCGAGGCCUCGGAGAUGUCCCACCUGCUCCAGCUGCGGGUGCAGGGAAAGGAGAAACACCAGACGCUGGAAGUCUCGCUGUCUCCGGAUUCUCCUCUCAAGACCCUCAUGUCCCGCUACGAGGAGGCCAUGGGGCUCUCAGGCCACAAGCUCUCCUUCUUCUUUGAUGGGACAAAGCUUUCAGGCAAGGAGCUGCCUGCUGAUCUGGGCAUGGAGUCCGGAGACCUCAUCGAGGUCUGGAGCUGAAACUCCCCCUCCCUGUUUGGAGGCCCAGCCUGGACUUGGGGGGAACAGCUGCCCCUUUUGGCCCUAUAUGGACUUAUCCUUAAGCUGAUGCAAAAUCGAGCAGUGACCUUUGACCCCCCCUCGUUGACCCGUUUCAAGUUGUUAGUUUCCUGGUUAGUUGUGUGCUGGUUGUUGCCGCCCUGGGUGGACUGUGGCUCCAUCCACGUGGUAUGCUGCAUUUGCAGCCCCCCUGGGACACAGAGAAGGUAUCCCUCACCCCCCCCCCCCCGCCGCCUUUCCUUCCUCGAAGUGUCUGUUAUAUGGAACCACUCCUAUUUAGAGCAAGUGGAAGUACAUGGGGGGGGGGUGUGGAUUCCAGGCCUGGGAUUUCUGCCGUGCAUAAGACCAGCCCUGGCCCUGGGAGGGUAUCGGAUACGGUUUGCUGAAGGCACACACGUGGGUGUGGUUCCCCAAACGAGCCAGCUCACACACACCCUCACUUGAGCAGGGCACACGGUGGGUUGCCCUUUUGUAGGACAGAGUGGAUUCUCAGUCUUGCGUGUCUUCCUCACCCCAGCACCCUUUAGAGCCAACCUUCCUGAUGCACAUACGUUGUUUAAGGCAUAAUCGAACACAUCCAAGCUUUUUUGUUUGGAUCUCAGGAUGCUAGUCCACGAAAGGCUUCUCUGGUCUUACGGCUUUCUCUUCCCUCUUUUCUUCCUGCCAUUCCGAGUGCCCGUUUUACUGUGUGGAUUACAUGUCUCUGAACAUGAAUGUAUCCUUGUCAGAUGCACUGUUGUGUGUGGGAAUAUACUUUUGCGACAUGUGGUAUUACUGUGCUGCAGACCUUGGGCUGUUCUCUCCCUCAACAAGUGUUGCUUCUCCGUUCGAUUCGAGGCUGGGACCGCUCUGCGGUGUUUCUCGGCGGGCCCCAGCUGUGUCCCACGCUUUCACUAAGUGCUGGACAGCUGGGUGCCUUCAGCUCCUGGCCCGUGAAUAAGGCCACGAUGGACAUCUUCUGUGGCUCCCCUUCCGUGCUUGCGUGGAAGCUUCUUCGGCAUAGGUACCUGGGAUGGGAUGACGGGUCAGACUGGUUAACUUCCUAUGGUUCUACCAAAUUUUUCUUUCAAUUGGUCAUUGAGCCUCCUGGUUGGGGGGCGGGGGGCGGCGCCCAUUUCUCCUUAUCCUCACCAGCACUUGUUGCUGCCCUGUUUUCUCAUUUUUUUUUUGCCAGUUUGUUGGAUAGAAAGUGGGGGCGGGUUUCAUUGUCCAUUUAUCUGAUCGCCAGUAAUUGGGGGGAUUUCUUCAUACACCCACAGCCUUCUGUGCACUGCCCUGAUGGUUGCAAACAGCUCUCAGGAUGGCCCUUGUGUUUGGUUAUUUAGUGGUGCCCUUCACCAAACAGAAAUUCUCAAUUUUCAUGUAGAUGCUUGAACUGUUUUGUCAUAUCAUUUGUUGCUUUUUGUUUUCUUAUUUAAAAGUAGUUUAGAUGGCUUACAUUUCCUGCUGUUAAUUUGUCAGUUUGUCCUUUCACAUUUAGACCACUAACUAGGGCUGAAGUCCAGCCAGCUCACGUUGUAUGCACGUUGGCUGGCUUCUCUUCUGUGUGAUGAAACAUUGGUUCUCCUUGGUUGAUUCUGGGCUGCACUGGCUGCUAAAUACUGAGUAGUACUUUUAAACCAUUUGAAAUCACCUUUGCAUAUGAGAUCCAAGUUUUAUAUUCACCCCAGAAUGAGCCAGUCUUCUCAAGUACUGUCUACUAAUAAAGCCAUUAAUUGUCCACUGUUACAUGGUAUAAUUUUGGCAAAAGUAUGUCACCUUCUAAAACCUUCUUUUGUUGGAAUAUGGCAUUCCUUUGACCUUGUAAUGUGAGAAAAACAGAAAGAAGCCUCUAUAACAUUUAAAUAAUCCACAAUAGGGUAUAACUCUCAUUUUUUCCCCCAGAUCUUUUAUGUCCAUUAAUAAGUUUGGACACAUUAAAAAUGUGUAUUCGGUCUCAACAAAAUAAAUGGGAGUACAUUCAA